AUGCUUCACUCUUCACUUCGCUCCAUCGUGGCCGGAGUCCUCGCAGCCACUUCCUCAGUCUACGCGCUCCCACAAUCAAACUCAGGCUCAGGAUCGGGCUCUGGCUCUUCAACAGCAUGCAACAACUCUCCCGACCUCUGCGACCGCGGCUACAACAACAUGACACACAUGGGUGCCCACGGAAGCUCCUUUCUUCGAGAUGGCAACAACGGACUCGCGGCCGCAGGCAACCAAAACUUCAACGCCACAGACGCCCUCGACGCUGGCAUUCGUCUGCUUCAAGCUCAAGUGCACAAGGAAAACAACACCCUCCGCUUGUGUCACACAUCGUGUGAUCUUCUCGAUGCUGGCCCGCUGGAGGACUGGUUAAGCAUCAUCAACGACUGGAUGAAGGCCAACACCAACGAGGUCGUCACUCUUCUACUUGUCAACUCUGAUGAUGCCAAACCCACUGAGUUUGGCAAGGCUAUCAACGGUUCCGGUAUUGCUGAACUGGCCUAUGCACCAUCUGGGCAGAACGCCACCAGCGAGUGGCCUACCCUCAAGUCUAUGAUUGAUAAGAGCACACGCCUGGUCACAUUUGUCACCAACAUUGAUGCCACAACUGAAUAUCCCUACCUGAUGCCCGAGUUCGACUACGUCUUCGAGACAGCCUUCGAGGUUCCCACCAUGACCGGGUUUAACUGCACCGUGACUCGUCCUUCCAAGAUCGACGAUGGCGUCUCAGGUUUGUCCGAGAACUUCAUGAGUCUUGUCAACCACUUCAAGUACCAGACCCUCUCAGAGGGUAGCAGCUUGUUCCUCCCUGACACGGAGAACAUCGACACCGUCAACAGCAACGGCACUACUGAGGAUGGCUCGCUGGGCAAGCAUCUUCAGCAGUGCCAGAAGGAGUGGGGUGCCGCCCCCAACUUUGUCCUGGUCGAUUUCUUCGACAAGGGUGAGGUUCUCGCUGCUGCCGAUAAGAUGAACGGAGUCUCUGGCGCCACUGGACGUGAGGAGUUCACAGAUGAGUCCAUGGGCAGCGUCACCGAUAGACAAGUUGGCAUGGUAGCCCUGACAGCCUUUGUCGCUGCCGCCGUGCUGUUGGUGUAA